AUGUCGGGUGUCGAGGGAGAGGCUACCAUCCUCGGCGCAUCUUUUUGGACACUAGACGUAGAUUGUCAUCAUUUGAAACGAGAAGAUCUUCUAAAACUGCCGGUUGUCGAGAGCUUUCAGUUCAAUCAUAAGAUGGAAAUUGUCGGGACAUCAAGUACUGAUCAAAGGAUAAAGGAUCAGAGCCAUGAACAGAUAAUGGAUCAGAGCGAUGAAGUUUCACUUGACAUCAAUGAGUUAGCCAAUUCUUUGAGGGAGCAAUUGAAGAUCAAGAAGGCUUUCUCCCCGGUACGCUGCAUCUAUAGAGUCCCCGAACGAUUGCGGAAGUUAAAUGAAAAGGCAUACACACCUCGAGUAGUCUCAAUAGGCCCUAUUCACCAUGGUAAGGAAAAUCUAAAAGCCAUGGAAGACCACAAAAUAAUGUACCUGCAACAAUUUCUCGAACAGAAUUUAUUAGUAAGUGUGGAGGACUUAGUUUAUGUUAUCAAGGAGAAUGAAACAGCAUUACGUGAUUGUUAUGCAGAGACCAUUAGUCUUAGUAGGAAAGACUUCGCAACAAUGAUCUUACUGGAUGCUGUCUUCAUUAUUAUGGUCUUACUGAACUACAAGUACAUGCACGAGCAUUAUGACAGUGGACGUCGAGACCACAUUUUCUAUCCUCCAUAUAAGUUCUCUGACGUAGCGUAUGAUAUGUGCUUGCUUGAAAAUCAGCUUCCAUUCUUCAUCCUCGAGAAGUUUUUGGAGCUAUCCAGUGUAGCUGCCAAUCCUGAGAAUUGUACCCUUACUGAGCUUACUCGUGGGUUAUUAGAAGUACCGUGGGGUGACUGGGUAAACGAGGGCAAUUCGCAAAUGAUCAAUUCCUCUAGAGACGUCCUGCAUUUCGUUGACUUCCUAAGAAAGUGUCAGCAGCCAAAGGAACAGCGCUGUCCAGCUAAAGAAAAUGCCUCUUUUGGCCCACCAACAGCAACGGAGCUCCAUCAAUCUGGCAUGAAGUUUAAGAAUACAAAAGAAGGCUCAUUAUUAGACAUAACAUUCAGUAAUGGGAUUCUGGAAAUUCCACAGCUAAAAAUAGAAGACAACACAGAAAUUUUAUUCAGAAAUCUCCAGGCCUUUGAGCAAUGCCAUCAUAGGUAUAUGAAUACUUUCGUAAGUAACUAUAUUACUUUCAUCAGCUGCCUCGUCAGGUCUCCUAAUGAUGUAGAAGUACUUGUUCGUAAAGGGAAUUUGAAAAAUAUGCUAAACAAUGACGAAGCACUGUCAAAUCUUCUUUACAAACUUGACCAAGAAAAUGUUGUCGUUAUUGAUGGUUUUCUUUCGGGUGUCGGCGAAGAUCUGAAGUCAUAUUGCAGAAAGCGUAGGCACAAGUGGAUGGCAACCUUGAAGCAGGUUUAUUUCAACAAUCCAUGGACUGGCAUCUCUGUUCUUGCCGCUACUUUUCUCCUUAUUCUUACUGUCAUACAAACAGUGUGCUCUAUCAUUCAAUUGCCAUAAAUAUUUAACCCCUUUGUACUUUUAUUUCUUUUUAUGAUUGCAAUGUACUUAAAAUCAUAAAUUAAUCUUCCUUC